GCCAAUCGUAAAGAAGCGACAGCGAUUGAAGUAGACGUCGACGGGAGUCUUGGAAGUCGUCUCAGGAAACACGGAGCGAAGGCCAAUUACUCCACCUCUCCGGCCACGGAGAUCUGAGACGACACAGGCCGGGAUGGUGCAUCAACCACGCCCAAUCAUCGGAAAGCUGCCGGACGCUUUCGGUCUCGGUGACCGGAUGUGGCUCACCGGCGCAAUCCCGAGCCCGACCACCCCAUCCGAGCGGAAUUCCCUGUAUCCGAGGAGGUGGAAGAAUAGCGAUUCUGGUGGCGUCGGACUAGGCAUCGCAGUGGCGCUCGAGAAGGCCGGCGGCGAGAGCCCGAGGAAGCUCCACGCGACGACUUUACCGAUCGCGAUCGGUUCGCCGAGGACGAGUCGUCCUCAAGUGUGCCCCGGGGGUAGGCAUUGGGAGAGGGCUCAAGGGGGUUGUUGUGCAUCGCCACCGCCGGUCGCCACCGAAGAGUCCCAGGUGGCUGACUUCCUCAGCAACUGCUUUCUGUGUGGGAAGAGGCUACACGGGAUGGAUAUCUUCAUGUAUAGAGAGAAGGCGUUCUGCAGCAUGGAGUGCCGAUAUCAACAGAUGGUGAGCGACGAGUACCAGGAGAAACGUGGCGUUGAAGCCCCGAAUCCAUCUGGCUCGCCCUACUCCGGCGGCCAACUCUUCUUUACGGCUAUCGUGGUGUCAUGACUCCCCUUCGUUGUUGAGGCUGAGAUCAGGGCAUCAAAUAUUCCGGCAUCAACGAGAGAUGAUCCGUUGCUUGUAGGCGGAGACGUGCGUUCGAAGUAUGCACCUUUGUAUGUGCAUCCAUAGGCGUAUACGUUUGAAGGUUCGCAAGAUUGAGCAAGAAUCGUUAGUUGAUUUGCCCGAGGAAAAAGAUGAGACAGAAAUUGUUACUUGUAAUCGAAGUUUCAACACCUGUGUGUGUUUUUGCCAAUAAUUGAACUCGAGACAUCUUGGUUUACUCUUUUUCU